GCAGGGGAUGGGCUCUCCCCUUCACAGAUAAUGGGAGGAGCCUGGCCAGAGCGAGUUCUUUCCUUUCGGCGCUGCGGCCGCAGCCAUGAGUAUGCUCAGGCUUCAGAAGAGGCUUGCCUCCAGUGUCCUCCGCUGUGGCAAAAAGAAGGUCUGGUUGGAUCCCAAUGAGACAAAUGAAAUCGCCAAUGCCAACUCCCGUCAGCAGAUCCGGAAACUGAUCAAAGAUGGGCUGAUCAUCCGGAAACCUGUGACUGUCCAUUCCCGGGCUCGAUGCCGGAAAAACACUUUGGCCCGCCGGAAGGGCAGACAUAUGGGCAUUGGUAAGAGAAAGGGUACUGCCAAUGCCCGAAUGCCGGAGAAGGUAACCUGGAUGAGGAGGAUGAGGAUUCUGCGCCGGCUGCUUAGAAGAUACCGUGAAUCUAAGAAGAUUGACCGCCACAUGUAUCACAGCUUGUACCUGAAAGUGAAGGGUAAUGUGUUCAAAAACAAGCGGAUUCUCAUGGAGCACAUCCACAAGCUGAAGGCAGACAAGGCUCGCAAGAAGCUUCUGGCUGACCAGGCUGAGGCCCGCAGAUCUAAGACCAAGGAAGCACGCAAACGCCGUGAAGAGAGGCUCCAGGCCAAGAAGGAGGAAAUCAUCAAGACUCUGUCCAAGGAGGAAGAGACCAAGAAAUAAAAUCUCCUCUCUGUUGUCUGUACAUAGUGGCUUUGGCAGCAACACAGAUCAGUUCUUCAAUAAAACAAAUCUUUAUCUGUC